AUGCCUGCCGAAUGUAUCCUCUCCCUCCCAUCCCGCCAGCGCCUCUCCCUCCUCCCAACCGCCGUCGCCUCUCCCUCCCAUCCCGCCAUGGCCUCUCCCUCCCGCCCCGUCAUAGCCGCUCCCUUCCUCUUCGCCGUCGCCUCUCCCUCCCGCCCCGUCAUAGCCGCUCCCUUCCUCCUCGGCGUCGCCUCUCCCUCCCUUCCAGUCGUCGCCUCUGCAUUACACUCCCAUUGCUCUCCUGUUUGGUCGCCUAAUGCGUUGGCGCCUAAUGCGCUGGCGCCUAGCGCGUUGGCGCCUAAGGCCCUGGCGCCUAAGGCGCUGGCGCCUAGCGCGCUGGCGCCUAUCGCGCUGGUGCCUAGCGCGCUGGCUCCUAAGGCGCUGGCGUCUAGCGCGCUGGCGCCUAGCGCGCUGGCGCCUAAGGCGCUGGCGCCUAGCGCGCUGGCACCUUGCAGCGUGCCGCGCGCUGGUGGCUUGUGCGCUGCUUGUUGCGGCAGUGCGCUGGCGAAUUCCUGCGGCGGCCUUGCAGCGCUGCGCGCUGGCAAAUUAUUGCGCACGCCUGCUCCAGUGAGGUCACGCCUUGCUGCAGUGAGGUCACGCGUUGCUCCAGUGAGCUCACGCCUUGCUGCAGUGAGCUCACGCCUUGCUGCAGUGAGCUCACUCCUUGCUGCAGUGAGCUCACGCGUUGCUGCAGUGAGCUCACGCCUUGCUGCAGUGAGCUCACGCCUUGCUGCAGUGACCUCACGCCUUGCUGCAGUGACCUCACGCCUUGCUGCAGUGACCUCACGCCUUGCUGUAGUGACCUCACGCCUUGCUGCAGUGACCUCACGCCUUGCUGCAGUGAGCUCACGCCUUGCUGCAGUGAGCUCACGCCUUGCUGCAGUGAGCUCACGCCUUGCUGCAGUGAGCUCACGCCUUGCUGCAGUGAGCUGA